UAAGAACCAGCUCUUUCUCCCUCUUUCAUCUAAAGGAUUUCAAAACAUCUAAGAAACAUAUACAGAGAUUUAAUUAAGCAACUUGGAUAUGGCCUUGGGAUCUCCUGUCUCACCAAAUGGUUCACAACCAAUUCUUUGGAGUGCUUCACCAAGUUACAGAAGUUCUAACAGUCAAAACACAGAAGCUUCAAAGGAUGGUAUCAAAACUCUCAGGUGGACUGUAACAGCUGUGGUAACUUCAACAGUUGUUAUAUAUAUCACAUGUACAAAGCUUUACAUCAGUUCUGCUCCAGAUUUAAGCAUCACAGGUUUUAUCAAGACAGCAAUGUUCACGGUUUGUAUGUUGUGCAACACCGUUCCGAUGAUUGCUUCUGUUGAAGCUAUAGUUUAUCUUAUCCGGCCAGAACAUCCGAGUGAUUUUGGUUUCAGAGUUGAAGCUAACAUAGGAGCCUUAGCACUUGUGACAGUUAGUUUUGUGUCUAUGUUUGUUGCUUUUAUGGUCGGAGUUUUUCUUGUGGUGAUCCUUCGUAUAUGGCAUUCCUUCUUCUAUGUUUAGCAGAUAAGUGAUUGGUUUUGUAAACAGUUUCCAUGAUUACACACAUUCAAACUCAUAAAUGUUGAUAAAGGUCAUUACCAUAAUCUAUU